AUGGAUUCGUCAACUCCGGGAUCGACGCCGCAAACGGAGCUGGUGUGCAUCGAGCAGAACGAGAUGGCGGGCCCCUGGAACUCGAUGCCUCCGUCGACCGCGGACAUCGUGCUCAAGAUCUACGACGAGCAGGUCGGAGCCACCGUGCCUGAACCCGGCCAUGGUGAAGAUAAUUACCCUAUCUUCAAACCGGGAUACCAUGAGGUCGUGGCCAAGGUUCUAUACACGGGAGUCUGCCAAAGUGGGACGGCUGCCGGGGCCAAUGGCAAACCCAUCAUGAAGGUCAAACUCCCGCAUAUCGAAGGACGCGAAGGGGUUGGACGAAUCGUUGCACUGGGAGGGGGUUGGAGAGACGACGUUACGAUUGGCGAUCUGGUAGGCAUCCGAUUUGGCAUCAGCAGUAUCGACCAUUUGUACCACAAGGAUGGAAGCUUUCAGGAGUACGUUGUCUUGGACUGUGGCUACCUUUGCAUACUCCCGCGUGAUACCGACCCCCCGGCUUUGGUUGUGCCUGUUCUCUGCGCCAGAGAGAUGCAGGCUGUGACGAAUGCGAACGUCAAGCACGGACACUGGGUUGUGGUGGUGGGCGCGGCAGGCGGUUUGGGCCACCUGGCGGUUCAAUAUGCACGCGUGUCUGGAGCCCGAGUCAUUGGUAUAGACGGCGGCCCCGAAAAAGAGCGUUUCGUCAGGUCACUGGGUGCCAGCGAGUACAUCGACUUCAAAGCGGUGCCCAACACAGCCGAAAAGGUGCACGAGGUCACAAAAGACGGGGCGGAUGCUGUCAUUGUAACUUCUGGCAGUGCAGAAACAUUAUCUCAGGCGGCCGAUAUGCUGCGAGUAGGCGGAAGGUUGUGCUGCGUGGACGUCCCGCCCGAGGGCUGCAUCGAGACUCGCAUCAGCACCAUCAGCACGAUGGUGGCCAAGGGACUGCACAUGGUAGGGACCCCGGUGAGUUCAGUCUGGGACUGCGUAGAGGCGGUCGACCACGUUUGGCUGGGUCAUGUCACGCCGCGGGUGGUGAUCCGUGACUUCAAGGACUUGACUGCGGUGUACGACGAGAUCGAGAGAGGCGAUAUCAUGGGUCAGGUCGUUCUGAGAGUCGCGAAGGAUAUCCCGGGUAUGCCUAGGUUCUCAUCCCUAAAGCCCACGGUUAACUGA